AUGCCUACUUUCCGAAGACCAAGCUCUAAGGCGGAAGCCGCAACACAACGUCGCAGAACAAGUGUUCAGCAAGAUGAUGCUGCAUUGGCAGGAAUGGGCAUCAAGCAGGAGCUCCAGCGCAAUUUCUCUUUCCUCUCUAUGCUUGGGCUCGCUUUCGCCAUUUUGAAUACAUGGACGGCUGCUGGUGCUAGUAUGUCGCUGGCUUUGCCAUCGGGUGGUCCUUCUUCCGUCACCUGGGGCCUCAUUGUGGCUGGAAUCUGUAAUCUCGCUUUGGCUGCAUCAUUGGCGGAGUUCCUCUCCGCGUAUCCUACUGCUGGAGGCCAGUAUCACUGGGUCGCAAUAAUAAGUUGGAAGCGUUGGGUCCCUUUACUUUCCUGGAUCACAGGCUGGAUCAAUACAGCCGGCUGGGUCGCACUGUCCGCGACUGCAGGCCUCUUAGGAAGCACACUGAUCCUUGGUAUCAUCUCGUUGGCCGACCCUUCUUACGAGGCUCAACGUUGGCAUCAAUUCCUCAUCUAUAUUGCAUUCAACGCAAUUGCAUUUCUCAUCAACGCAUAUCUCACUCGCCUUCUUCCUUUGGUCACUCAAUCUGCUCUCUACUGGUCGAUCGGUGGGUGGCUGAUAAUUAUGAUCACCAUCCUGGGCUGCUCUUCCCCCACUUUUCAGACGGGCCACUUUGUUUACGGAGAAUUCAUCAAUGAAACAGGUUGGCCAGAUGGCUUCUCAUGGCUCCUAGGCUUGUUACAGGGAUCUUUUAGUCUGACUGCCUUCGACGCCUGCGCGCAUAUGGUCGAGGAACUUGGCGACGCGACGAGACAAGGUCCGCGGAUCAUGAUUGCCUGUGUUUUGAUCGGUGUUGUUACCGGCUUUCUAUACCUUUCUAUUCUCCUUUUUUGCGCCAAGGACAUUGACACCGUCAUCAGCUCUGCUUCUGGUCCAAUGCUCGAAAUAUUCUAUCAAGCCACUGGUAACAAGGCAGGAGCUAUAUGCUUGCUAAUGUUCCCACUCGUUUGCUUGACGUUUGCCGGAAUUAGCAUAAUGACCACGAGUAGUCGUAUGGUAUACGCUUUCGCACGAGAUGGAGGAUUACCAGCAUCCAAAUGGCUUGCGAAGGUUAACACCCGGCUGGUUGUUCCACUGAAUGCUCUGGUAUUCACUGGAGUCCUUGUCAUUAUCUUCGGCUGCAUUUUCCUCGGUUCUACAAGCGCUUACAAUGCUAUUGUCUCAGCGUCGGUCGUGGCCUUGGGUAUUACUUACGCCAUUCCACCAGCCAUCAACUGCCUAAGAGGCCGAAAGAUGCUACCAGCAAGCCGACCUUUCAUACUACCCAGCUGGCUCGGCUGGACAUGCAAUUUGGUUGGCAUCGCGUAUACUCUUUUGACUACGGUGCUUUUCAUGUUCCCGCCGCUUAAGGAAGUGACAGGCAGUAACAUGAACUAUUGUGUGGCAGCAUUUGCCAUUGUUUUUAUUGUUUCCAUCAUUCAAUGGUUUGUUGAUGGUCGCAAGAACUAUACCGGGCCACAACUCGAUAUUGAUGCGCUCAAGAAAGGCGAAAUUGUGGGAAUGGCUCCAACUGAAAGCAACGCUGGUCCACAACCAGGGAACGAUUUGGACAAUUCAAAGGACAAGGGAGUCUUGUAA